AUGCCCAAGAUUCCAGGAAAGCCCAGCCUUAAGGCCACUGCCAAGAAGACUACCCGCUAUGUAAAAGUCUUCAAGCAGGCUGUAAAGCUUACUAUUGCCAACAACCGCGACAAGAAGGCGGAGGAGAAAGCAAAGAAGGAACCCAGCUACCAACUUCAGGACACUAUGGCCCCCGAUGGUGAGGCUGAAGAGGAAGAGUCUUGGAACAUCAUCUACCAUGAGGACGCCGCCAACGGCUCUUCUCGCGUAGAGGACCGUGAUACUGUGGAGGAAAUUGAGAUGGCGGCCCUCAGAGAAAUCCGUAUCAACGAGCCAGCAUCUGCAUUUGAGCUGGAGAUGCCAACAUCAACCGACUCGUCCUUCUCAUUUACUCCGCCAGCAACACCAUCCACCAUCACAGAGCUCUCAGCACAAGAGAAAUGGGAAGAUCUUGUCGCCACGUACCGUCAAGCGGUAAAUCAUGUCAGAGAAAUUGAGGACGAAAUGGUGGAUCUUCGCUUCAAAACCUUCCGGCCAGAUAUCAACCUCGACAAUGACGACCGCCGCAUCUACCAAAAGUCCCGUCCACAAAGUCUGUUCAGCAUCACAGACGAGAUGGCACCGACUUUCCGCAUGUGGGAAGGCACUCAUGUAUCGCCAAAUCUUGUUCAGGGAGCAAAUCACCUAAAGUUGGAAUUGAACGAAGCUGUAGAGCUCUCGGUCGUUACGCUAGACACUCUGAGCGGGAAGAAGACGAUGAUUAGCUUGACUGCCAAGUCUUCGGGGGCAGAUAUCAAGCAGCUGCUUGGUUUUUGGGAAUUCGGUCUGUCAAUAGACGUGUAG